AUGCUGAUGGCGGCCUGCGGGUGCUGUUCAUGUUUGUCGAAUCUUUCGACUGCGAUAGUAUCCGUAGCAAUCUCAACUCUUCCCCUCCAUCCUCUCUCUUGCCUGACCUUUGCUCACCCACCCCGCAAGUCGCGCAGCUGCUGCAGACGUUACACGACAAUCUCUCGACUUGGACUUUUCUCAAUUCGUGGCUUGGUCAUUAUUCCAUUUUCUUCCUUCGCGCAGAGUCUAGUACAGGGCAAAAGUACCCCCAAAAGUGACGCGAUCGCAACCUUCCGACACCUCGCCUUUCUUUCGCCAUCUUUUCGUUGCGCUGACUUGCGCUACCGCUUUCCGACACUUGCCACAAACACCUGCGGCAUAUCGAGCCUACCCUUGCAUUGCGCCCGCAUCCUAACUUUGGUGCCUCGACACCGACCCUAUCUUGAGACCCCUGCGCAUUGCGGAACCUCCCACCGACUACCAUCUCCAAUUGCUCCUUACCUUGUAUCCGUACACGGGUCGACCGGUCCGACCUACGAUUGCCGUUGCCUGUCAGAACCUGUGGCAAGAUUGCGCUUUUACUGUGGCGCCUUAUCACACUGCGACAUCGUCAGCAGCCUCGACGUCUAG